CGCCCCGCAAGACCCGGGACCCCGCGGUGCCCAGCGCCCGUUCUCAAGCCUGCUGCGGGGCUUCCUUCUGCGCUCUUUUAUAGGGCAGGAGAAGGGGUGGGAACCCAAGGGUUCCGGGAACCGGGCCCCCAGGAAUGGGAGGAGUCAGGGCGGGGCCCGCGGAAAAGCAAAGGGGAGCCCCAGCUUAGGGCUCAGAGGGCCUUGGGGCGUCUGGCGAGAUGGCGGCGUGCACCCUGGGGCGCGGCGUGGGGCAGCUCUUGGGCAGCCUGCGCGGGCACUUGGGGCAGCAGCUGUGGCUGCUGCGCGGGGUGAGCUCGCCGCGCCGGGCGGCCUCGGGGCUCAGGGGCAGCGUCCCCGCCUCCGCGGCCGCAGCGCUGCGGGGCUCGUACCAGGAGCUGAGCGCGCAGGCGGUGCGGGAGCCGGCCGCGUUCUGGGGGCCGCUGGCUCAGGACACGCUCGUGUGGGACGCUCCCUACCACACCGUCUGGGACUGCGACUUCAGCAGUGGCAAGAUCGGCUGGUUCCUGGGAGGCCAGUUAAACGUAUCUGUCAACUGCUUGGAUCGACAUGUUUCGAAGAACCCAGAGAGCAUCGCUUUAAUCUGGGAGCGAGAUGAGCCUGGAACUGAAGUGAGAAUCACCUACAGGGAACUGCUGGAGACCACGUGCCGCCUGGCCAACACCCUGAAGAGGCAUGGCGUCUGUCGAGGGGACCGUGUGGCCAUCUACAUGCCGGUGUCCCCUCUGGCUGUGGCUGCGAUGCUGGCCUGCGCCAGGAUCGGAGCUGUCCACAAUGUCGUUUUUGCUGGCUUCAGUGCAGAGUCCUUAGCUGGGAGGAUCAAUGAUGCCAAGUGCAAGGUGGUUCUCACCUUCAACCAAGGACUCCGGGGAGGGCGUGUGGUGGAGCUGAAGAAGAUAGUGGACGAGGCCGUGAAGCAGUGCCCCACCGUGCGGCAUGUUCUGGUGGCUCACAGGACGGAAAACAAGGUCCCCAUGGGGAAUCUGGAUGUCCCCCUUGAGGAGGAAAUGGCCAAGGAGGACCCUGUAUGCGCCCCAGAGAGCAUGGGCAGCGAGGACAUGCUCUUCAUGCUGUACACCUCGGGGAGCACCGGGAAGCCCAAGGGGCUCGUCCAUACCCAGGCUGGCUACCUGCUGUAUGCCGCACUGACGCACAGGCUUGUGUUUGACUACCAGCCAGGUGACGUCUUUGGCUGUGUGGCUGACAUCGGCUGGAUCACAGGACACAGCUACGUGGUGUAUGGACCCCUCUGCAACGGAGCCACCAGUGUCCUCUUUGAAAGCACCCCAGUUUACCCUGACGCUGGCCGUUAUUGGGAGACGGUACAGAGGUUAAAGAUCAAUCAGUUCUACGGUGCCCCGACAGCUGUCCGGCUGCUGCUGAAAUAUGGUGACUCCUGGGUGACGAAGUACGACCGCUCCUCCCUGCGGACUCUGGGGUCAGUGGGAGAACCAAUCAACCAAGAGGCCUGGGAUUGGCUCCAUAAGGUGGUGGGGGACAGCAGAUGUACCCUCGUGGACACCUGGUGGCAGACAGAAACGGGUGGCAUUUGCAUUGCACCUCGACCCUCGGAAGAAGGGGCAGAAAUCAUCCCCGGCAUGGCCAUGAGGCCCUUUUUUGGCAUCGUCCCAGUUCUCAUGGAUGAGAAGGGGAACAUCAAGAAGGGCGGGGAUGUCUCUGGGGCUCUGUGUCUCUCCCAUGCCUGGCCAGGAAUGGCCAGGACCAUCUACGGAGACCACCAGCGGUUCAUGGACGCCUACCUAAGGGCUUAUCCAGGCUACUACUUCACUGGAGAUGGGGCCUACCGCACCAAGGGCGGCUAUUACCAGAUCACAGGACGCAUGGACGAUGUCAUCAACAUCAGCGGUCACCGACUGGGGACUGCAGAGAUCGAGGAUGCAAUGGCUAACCACCCAGCAGUGCCCGAGACCGCUGUCAUCGGCUACCCCCAUGACAUCAAAGGAGAAGCUGCCUUUGCCUUCAUUGUGCUGAAAGACGAUGCAGCUGAUGCAGACAUGGUGAUAAAUGAGCUCAGAUCUACAGUCGCUGCCAAGAUUGCCAAGUAUGCUGUGCCUGACCAGAUUCUGGUAGUGAAACGUCUUCCAAAAACUCGGUCGGGAAAAGUCAUGCGGAGACUCCUGAGGAAGAUAAUCACCGAUGGAGCUCAGGAUAUGGGGGAUACCACCACCCUGGAGGACCCCAGCGUCAUCACAGAAAUCCUGAGCACCUACCAGAAGUACAAAGACAAGCGGGCUGCUGCUCAGUGAGGCCAUGCCUUGUCCUGGCUCUGCGCCUCAACCUCAAACUUGUCCUAGAACGUAGCUCUCAGGUUGGCUGCCCCCUCCAGCACAUCCACACUGCCCCCAUGCAAAGUCCAUGCUGGAAUCCCUUCCUCCUUGCUGUUGGAGAACCCACAAGGAGGAACUGUCAGCAUUUGUUCCAUUUGCCCUGAAUUUGGUUUCCUGGAAUGAAGAGUUAUUGUCAUUUCUGCUUCUGUGUCCUCUCUAGACAGCCCAGCAAGGUGAAAAACCCAGUUAGGUAUGCCUGCUCAGAUGACUGACCCCUAAGUGUCUAGCCACACAACCCUCCCAAGGGUGCAAUCAUGUCCCCCCUAGGUAUUUCUAGAUACAAAAGGCAGAGAUUUUAUUUUUAUACUUUUAUAUUUUGGAAGAAUUGUGUGUAAGCAAACAUGUGUAAUGUAUGGAUUUACUUGUACAUGCUUGUAACAUUUAGUGGUAUGAAAUCUUUUUUUUUUGCCUCCACUCCUGGGGAAUCGUGGGAUGACCUGAGGGUGUGCUUUUAAUUACCAUUUGGCAACAUCUGCAAGUCUGAAUUGGGAACGUUUGUACCUCUGUCUAAACACAGCUAUCUCGAGAACUUUCAAGCUUGCAGCAUCUUCUCUUGGUGUGUAUUUAUACUUCCCCUGGUUUGUGUACAGUGCAACUAACUCUUAAAAGUGGUAGUGUGAACGUGCCCGCCUUCUAGUUCUAAAGGCACUCCAGUCAUGUGUUCUGUCUCUCCUAGUUGCAAUCUGGGAAGACACCCCUCCCCACCUUGGAUUCCUCUUGAUGGGUGAUCAGUAUGUUCUAGUAUGUGGGGUUGUCCAGGGAAGCCAGCGGAAGUUCAGGUGACAUGUUAGAGCAUGAUUUGGCUAGAAGUGGGUCCUUGCACUGUCCUUUUGUCCUUCCUCCUGUGGUUGGAGUGGGGACAUGAGAACCGUGGCGGGCCAGUGAUAAGACUUGGUGUCUCUCUCUCUAUUUUUUAAUGUGCCUUAAGUCCUCUGAAUGUUAGCAAGAUGAUGUAAAGCAGUUGGUCACAAAAUGCUCUUUCAUAAGUGAAGUAUGCAGGGGCUGAUGGUGUGGGGUGCGGGUGAAGUAGCCUGCUGGACUGGGCUUUGCAGAUGGAGAAAGGUUGUUCCUAUCUUUGUCCCAUGGGAUAUAGCACCCUGAAGCUGAACAUGUACUGUGGGCCCUGGCUGUGCUGGCCUCUUCAUGAUUAGGUAGAUACACCUAGGGCCCCCAAUGGGGUGGUGUUGUCUGUAGCAUAGAUACAAGGUGAUGGUCUGCUGUUACAGCUCUUGGCAACAGAGAACCAUGUGCCCGGACUUGUUGCAUUUGUGUUGGGUUUGGCAGACUACAGCUAUGGAACUAUUUAUAAAAUGGCUUAGAUAUCAAUUCAGACAGUAACCAGGGUCUGAGUGUUCAGUAGGGCAGUUGAAAUAAAAUUUUAUUUUGUUC